CAGAUCUCGCACCCGUAAGUGGCGACGAAUCUCGCGGUGCGGAGGCGCGACAGAGGCGGUGUCGACUCCGACGGACUCGCAGCUACCGGUGGAGACGCCCCACCGGCGCACUCCUCCAACGUUCAUAGUUUAAGGGCUUGAUUUGGAUAAUUAGUCAUCAACAGAAGUGAUAAAAAAUGGUGGUUCUUGCAGCAUCAAUCGUUUCAAAGUCGGGAAAAGCACUUGUUUCAAGACAGUUUGUUGACAUGUCUCGCAUAAGAAUUGAAGGAUUACUUGCUGCGUUCCCAAAACUGGUUGGAACUGGGAAGCAGCACACUUAUGUCGAAACUGAAAAUGUGCGAUAUGUUUAUCAACCUAUUGAAGGUUUAUAUCUUCUACUUAUCACAAACAAGCAGAGCAAUAUUCUUGAAGAUCUGGACACUUUGAGGCUCCUCUCCAAGCUCGUGCCUGAAUACUCCCCUUCAUUGGAUGAGGAGGGUAUUUGUAAAACAGCAUUUGAGAUUAUAUUUGCUUUCGAUGAAGCCAUAUCUCUUGGGAACAAGGAAAAUGUAACAGUGCAACAAGUCAAACAAUAUUGUGAGAUGGAGAGCCAUGAAGAGAAGGCACACAAGCUGAUGAUGCAAACCAAAAUCAAUGAAACCAAGGAUCUCAUGAAGAAGAGGGCUAAUGAGCUUGACAAAAUGAGGAUGGAAAGAGGCAAACUUGACAAAGGAGGAUACUCAUCAAUAUCUGGUCCACGCGUGAUUGAAAAAACUUUCAGUGACAUGAGCAUCAGUGGUUCUGGAUUAGGUGGACUGAGCACUGACAUGGACUCAUUUGCUAGCAAGCCCAAAGGCCGUCCAUCUACAGCAGCUACUGCACCUGGUAAAGGUUUUGGUAUGAAAUUAGGCAAGACACAGAAGACAAAUCAAUUCCUUGAAUCUUUGAAAGCCGAAGGAGAAGUCAUUUUGGAGGAUGUACAACCAAGUGCAGUUUCUACAAGAUCAUCUGCUCUUCCAAGUGACCCUGUCACAGUAACUAUAGAAGAGAAGCUCAAUGUUGUUGUUAAAAGAGAUGGUGGUAUUAAUAACUUUGAUGUUCAAGGAACACUUGCUCUUCAGGUUCUCAAUGAUACUGAUGGGUUCAUCCAAUUGCAGAUUGAAAGCCAAGAUAUUCCUGGGCUUAGCUUCAAAACACACCCAAAUAUCAACAAGGAUUUGUUUAACAGUCAGCAAAUUUUGGGAGCAAAAGAUCCAAACAGGCCUUUUCCGAGUGGUCAAAAUGAAACUCCUCUGGUGAAAUGGAGAAUCCAGGGGAUGGAUGAGUCAUCUUUACCUCUGUCAGUCAAUUGCUGGCCGUCUGUAUCUGGAAAUGAAACCUAUGUGAACAUUGAAUAUGAAGCUUCUGAGAUGUUUGAUCUGCACAAUGUUGUCAUAUCUAUACCUCUGCCCGCAGUUCGGGAGGCUCCAAGUGUCAGACAGAUAGAUGGAGAGUGGAAGUUGGACUCAAGAAACUCUGUGUUGGAAUGGUCUAUUCUCCUUAUUGAUCAGUCAAAUCGCAGUGGUUCCAUGGAAUUUGUUGUUCCCCCAGCUGAUCCGUCAUCAUUUUUCCCCAUCUCUGUUGGAUUUUCUGCAUCGAGUACUUUCAGUGAUCUGAAGGUUACUGGAAUCCUUCCUCUGAAGGAAGGCAACCCUCCGAAGUUUUCCCAGCGGGCUCGUUUGCUCACAGCUAACUAUCAAGUUGUUUAAUGGUUGUACCGUUGUCCGAGUGUUGAUCCACUUAAAUAUAUUCGAAUAGCAUAUUUUUGUGACAUGGCAUGCUACUGGCAUGAACUUUUGCAAGUCAUGGGAUGGAAGAUCAUUUUGGGUUUUGAAAACCUUUACUAUGUGCUUCUCAUUGUUAGCAUGUUGCACAAAUGCUCUGAUGUGUUGCUACCAGAGAAAUAAGUAAUGUUCUUGCCUUUCGUUUGCCUGCA